AUGGAAGGAAAGAAUUGCUUUCGCAUGCGAUGGGCGCAAAAACCCAUUUACAGCGGUGGUAAUAUAGCCAGCGUCGGCAUCAUGACAUCAAAAGAUGCUGUUAACAGUUCUGUCCAGGCAGAUCCCUCGAAGGAUAAAGAGCUUCGAGAGUUGCUCGUUAUGGCUUGUGGUGACACCGUGAAUGUGGUGUGCAAUCGUACGGGUAGCCUGCUCUGCAGCUAUACCCUUCCAAUUGAGGAUGUGAUCUUAUGUGUGGAUGCUGUGACUGUCUUGGAGUCACGGUCCAAUGAUCCUACUUCCCCAAUAGCGGUUAACAGCAAAAAUGAAGCGAUGGAAGAACUGAGGACAACUUCUAAGGGCUCUGCAGGGGUGGCAAAAACGCGAAAAGGCAAGAAGGUUCAACGCGAGGACGCGAAUAGUCCGGACGGCCAGGAGAAGGAGAAUCAUCCUGGUGCGAGUCCCGACGGAGGUGUCGUUGCGGAUCUGAAGGUGCCACCCGGGCGCUACGUCGCAAUCGGUACCCGCCUUCUUCAGCUCUGCAUUUUUCAAGUAGUAAUUGAUGGAGAGGAGCACAAAACGACACCAACUGUACCGGAUCCAACUGGUGAAGCCGCUGAUGAAAUCGCCGGAACGGGUGUGCCUGAGGCCGCUGACAUUGAUUCGGGUCAUGAUCCGAAAGCCGUUAGUAAGACAUCGGACUCAUUCGCUACACAGGCGGAACUUAAGCUGAUCUAUCAAUGGACCGCCGCACAGCACGCCAUUUCGGCUAUUAAAUUUUCCAGUGGCGGGCAGUAUCUUUUGUCGUGUUCAACGGACGGCAGCAUUAAAGGAUGGAAUGCGUUCCAUCACCAUCUCACACACAACCUGCGCUGUCCUAGCGGGGGCCUGAUCCAGACGGUAUACCUCGACCCCACCGAGUCUUUGCUGAUUCUCGGCACCUUCGAAGGCUAUGUCUCCGUGUUUGACUUCCAAAAGAAGGUGCUGCUAGCUCACUCCCGCCCACAUGUUCAGGCGGUGGAGGCAAUCACGGUUCUCCAUGGGGACACCACCUACAUCUGUACGAUCGCGCGAGACCGGAAGGUGGCAUUCCUGGAGCUACGCGCCGCCUCGCGGGAGCUUCUUGAAAGACGCACCGUUGUCGUCAAGGAGCACCUGACGUGUGCGCGGUUUGAGUCGCCGUCUGUGCUGCACAUCGGGGCGCAGGACGGGCAGGUGAGCACCUACCGCCUGAGCGCGACGGGGCCGGUGCGGUUGAUAUGCGGUACGGAGAAGCCUCCGACUCCGAGACCGCCCCCCGGGGCUGAGAAGGAGGGGAAGGACUCGGAGUCAUUGGACGCCAUGGUUCGUUGUAUCCUCAUCGCCGGGCGUCCUGCAGGGGUCGAGCCCCGUCUUAAGGGGUUUUCUGUGGCGGACCGGGACGAAAAGGAGCUGUCGUCGUUGUAUGUGGCGGAUGGUGGGUUUAACAUUGCUCAACUUUCUGCGGAUCACGCUCAAGCGAAGUACACCGUGAUCAGCACCCUAGUUGGCUUUCUGGAUCAAAUUCUUGAUGUCAAGCUGCUUCCGGCCGCGGCUGGCGAUGUCUAUGAGCGAAUUGUUGUGAAUAACAGUAAGGACGUGUUUCUUUACCACUCCCCUGGCUGCCUCUCAAGGCAGGCACUGAGAGGGCACUCUGGGAUUGUCAUGUGCUGCGCUGUAAGCAGCGAUGGCUCCCUCAUCGCGACUGGGGGGGUCGACACCGAGGUGCGUUUCUGGUCGACCAAGACGUGGCAGACGGUAGCGUGUGGGGUUGGCGGCCACACCGCCGAGAUCUCGUCCAUGUGUUUCAACGCGAAACAAUCAGCGGAGAGUUUGCUGCUGUUUACGAUUUCAGCUGAUGAGAACCUGCGACUUUGGGAUGCCGGGAAGAGCGUGCUGCCGUUACUCAAGCGAUCCGCAAGUGACGAAGCAGCGCCACCACUGCAGUUUUCGCAUCGGUCUGGUGUCAACUCAGCGCACGCGGGGCAGGUCUUUGCCCUUGCGGUUUCUCCGAACGACCAGUACGUCGCGACCGGCGGGAAGGACAAGUUCGUCCACCUCUGGAAUCUUACAGGUAAGAAGCUAUUCAAGGAGGCGGCGCUUAAAGGGCACCGUAGGGGAAUCUCAGUGUUGGCGUUCUCACCUGCUGACCGCGUUCUCGCGUCCGCGUCGAGCGACGGCGCCGUCCGCCUCUGGUCGCUUGUGUCGUUGGCCUGCGUUAAAACCUUACAGGCAGAUAAAACGCCAGUCCUGCAGCUUGCCUUUUUCAACCAAGGGACGCAGCUAGUCACCGGGAACUCGGACGGCGUGCUUCGUGUGUGGGCCCUCGCCGCCGCGGAGGCGGUCUGGUCGUCCGAACUGCACAGCGGCAAAAUAUGGGCUCUAGCCGUGAAGGAGGUACCCGAGACGGGUGAAACGCUUUUCUUUUCCGGCGCCACCGAUGGCUCGCUUAUCGCGACCGAGGACUUUACCGCGGAGGAGGCGGAGAUCCUCCGUCAGGAGCGCCGCGAAGGGAUUUUACAGGAGCAGACUCUCGCCAAUGCGAUCCGACGCGGCGAGUUCGCCAAGGCCUUCUCCCUCGCUCUCCAGCUGAGCCAUCCACGGCACCUGCGGCAGGUGUUGGUGCAGUGGUGCGCCAAAGAUCUGACGCUCUGUGAGGACACGCUGAAAUCCGAAAUUAUUCCAUGCUUAACGAAGGAAGACCUGUUGCGGCUUCUUAAUUUUUCGAGGGAGUGGCUCACUAACAGCCGACAUUACAACGUCGCCAGUGUGGUCCUCAGCGCGUUUUUUGGAGCGUAUCACUACGUCGAUAUCGCAAAGAUCCCAUCGAUGGGCGGACUUGUGGAAGCAUUUCUUGCGUACUCCAAAAAGCACAGUCAGCGCCAGCAUAACUUGUUAUGGCGGACCUAUUACCUGGACUACCUUACACACGCGAUGGAGCCAAAUAAAUUAACUACGAUGCCACCUUUUUAUGAGCAGACGGAAAACUGUUUACAGGACGCGUUGUCAGAGAAAGGCGUCGAGGUCGGCGAUGCGGAUGAGGUUGGCGAGCCUCCUAAGUCUCGUGUGCGUGUUUAA